UCACCGCUGCCAUUCACAAAGCUGGUGGCAAAACAUCCCUCAAUCCUUUCCCCUCCCUCCAUCCCGAGUUAUGGAUAUCUUUCGCCUCCUGUCGCAGCCGAUGAAGUGAAAACUUUUAGCGUCGUCUUUUUUCGGAUGAAUAUGAGUGCUCAUGUGAUCACCCCUGGGCCGUACCGAGCCACGAAACUGUGGAAUGAGGUGACUCGCUUGUUUCGGGCGGGUAUGCCCCUCAGGAAACACCGCCAGAACUUCCGACAUUACUCCUCCUGCUUCACGGCCUCUGCAGCUGUGGAUUGGCUUCACCAGCUGCUACGGAACAACAGCAAUUUUGGCCCCGAAGUGACCAGGCAGCAGACGGUGCAGCUCCUGAAGAAGUUUCUGAAGAACCACGUGAUCGAAGAUGUGAAGAGUCGCUUUGGCACGGAGGAUCUGGAGGACAACAACAUGCUGUACAGAUUCCCGUCUACUUCUCCUCUGAAGCCCAUUCCCUGUCCAGCUUCAGCCUCGGCCCCGGGCUCCAUUAAGAAAAGGCCUUCAUUCAGGGACAAAGAAGGUUUCUUCAGGUUUAGGAGCAUCAAAAAGAAUGAGAAAGAGUCACAGGAAAAUGUAGAUCCUGCCCUCCAAGCAGAGGGAGAGAAUCAGUCAGUGGGAGAGCCGCAGGUGCAGAGACGAGAGCUGACAGUGGAGGAUGAACAGGAGAUCUGGAGAGACAUCACCCUCACCCACCUGCAGAGGAUUCUGGGCGUUGCGUCUCUUGAUGAGGUUUUAGACCACCGUUAUUUAAACCCACAAAACAUCAUCCAUAACAUGACCAAAGUCAACAAGCAUGGAGUGGUCACACUGGACGACAAGACCAAUGACCUUCCACACUGGGUUUUGUCUGCCAUGAAGAGCCUGGCCAACUGGCCGAAGUAUGACAGCGCACAGCCGUCCUACCCCGGCUUUGAAAGAGAUGUCUUCAAAACGGUGUCUGACUACUUCUACAGCCUUCCGCAGCCAUUACUCACAUACGAACUGUAUGAACUAUUUAUCAACGUGCUGGUGUUUUGUGGGUAUGUUGCGGCGCCCACGAUACACCAACGUGGGAAACGCAAGAAGCCUGACCUCCCCUCAGCCCCCCCUCCAGCCAAGACCUCUUUCCGCUCCACGGAGUGUCUCCUCCUGUCGCUGCUCAGACAGGGGACAUGUGACGAGACGGACUCGCCGAUGACAGAGGUGCUUGGUGGGAAGCUUCAGUCGCGGCUGGCUGCGCUGAAAGGAGAAAUUGCCAGUGCAGGUGACGGUCAGUUAGGAGGCAGCUGCAUGAGCCUGAGUACAGUUGGUUCAACGAGACCUCAAACCAGGAGUUGCUCACUGGAAACUAUCCUAGAUGACUCUGCCCCUCUCACUCGGCAACAGCUCUUUCUGUCCAAUGACAGCCUGGCUUCCUGUGCCUAUAGCACUCGGAGCCAGGAUGACAGCCCUGACGCCGCAACACUCCACAGUCAUACAGACUUCACAUCUGUAUCCAAAGCAACCCCCGCUGCUUCUGAAAAUACUACAGGAGGCGCACCCAGAAAUAGGCAGUCUGUAGUUUCUGUAGCGGGACUGUCAAUCGCACAAAGGUCGCGCCCCUUUCGGCCACGCAGUGUAGGCAGCUGCCUGGACAUCGUCAUAGAAACCCAGGAGGAAGAUGUCAAGGAGAGCAAAUGGCAGGGCCGGGCAACCAGCUGCCUGAAUGUAAACACUCCUGCGGAACAGCAUCACUCCUCCUCAGCUUCACGGCCUCCCUCGCUGUCCUCUUAUCAUCUCUCCUCUUCCUCCUAUCAUCCUUUCGCCUCCUUUUCUUCAUCUGCUAUGGCCAAAGUACAAGGGCCUCACGCUACCACAGGACCUAGCAGGCCCCGACCCGCCUCCAGUACCUCUAAUCUUUGGACUCACCCUGCACCCGCUGCUCUCCGGCGCUGCCUCAGCUCUCUGGAUGUGUCGAGGCAGUCUCGACCUAUUUGCCUGUUCAAACCGCCUGUCUGUGUGCCUACCAGCAGCACCAAGCCCCCCCAACCUAAACCUGAGCACAGCCUUCUCCAGCCUCAGUGUGAGCGUGUAGCCAUUGAGGCCCUGCAGCUCUGUACCCUCCUCCUCCCCCCCGCCUCCCGCAGGAAGCUGCAGCUCCUCAUGAGGAUGAUGUCACGCAUCAGCCAGAACGUGGACAUGCCCCGCCUCCACCCGGCCAUCAGCACCCGAACACUGAUGGUUCACACGUUUUCAGGUUGCAUUCUGGGCAGCGCCGUGGAAUGUGAUUUGGACGAGCUGUUAGCCACCAGACUGGUGUCCUUUCUAAUGGACCAUCAAGAAAGCAUCCUCUCUGUCCCGGAGUACCUGCUCAGUGCUAUCAGCGACCGUGUACAGUAUCUGCGUACAGUACAGGUUCCAGUCGACGGUGUUUCUAAUGUGGAUGGCGGCGAUCCAGUUUGCGCUCCAAUGCCCAUCUACACAUUCUGCCAUCAGAUUAGUGGCGCUGAGUUUGAACAGCAAAAGCUGGAAUCUUCCCAGAAGGCCAUGGAGGAGCUGCUGGAGAUGUUGCUGACAGACCAAAACAUAAGUGAGAAGGACAGACGCAAGAAACUGAAGCAGUUUCAGAAGCAGUAUCCAGACAUCUACCGCCGUCGGUUUCCCUCCUCAGACCGGGAAAACAACAAGCCAAAGAUUAAACCUCCCCUCCUCAACAUUAAGAAGACCAAAGCUUUCAGCAUCAGGAACUAAACUAACCAUACAGGUGUCACCGUCAUAGAAGCCAGUAUUUACAUUGUUUUUGCUGCACUUUUACUGCACUGAUACUAAGAGACUUCUCUUUGCAGCCAUUAACUUUUUGUUGUUACAUUCAAAAUACUGUUGUUCCUGUUGUGUCGUAUUCCUGUGCUAAUAUCAGAGGUAAUGCAGGCUGGAUGACUUCUACAAUGAUGUGUGUAUGUGUUUGUGGUACGUGUUGACAGCUGAGUAAGAUGAAGGCAGGCAGACAGUGGUUUCUUAGAGCAGUUCAUUAGUUAAUGUGUUUUAAUAUAACAGGGUUUUUUUUUUUUAGUAUCUGUGUUCAUUUGGAUCAGCAAACUUUUCUCUCAAAACCCUUUUUUAUUUCCCCUCUCACUUGUCAUCUCUAUUGCUAGCUGAUACUGACCUGAACGUGUGUGUGUGUGUGUGUGUGCGUGUGUGCUUCAGAGUGCAUUUUGGGAGAAAAAAAAAGGCAAUUCUGACAUCACUGGUACGGCAAUAAUUAGAUGAUAGAUUUCUUAAUUUAUAUGAACGAUAAUAUUGGGAGCCGUGGUAGAGACGUCUUUGUUUGACACGUUUCUUGUCACGUUAACUGUUUUUAUUGACUUUUCGCAUCAUUGAAUCUCAAGUUUUAUUUGAAAUGCUCUUUAGUCUUCAUGUUUCUUGUGUGGUGUGUUUUUAAAGCAUUUUACAGUGAAGUUUUAGGUUUUCUCUUAUUGGAUCUUUCAGUUUUCGAGGAUCUCAGCUAUUUCAUGUACAUCUCAGUUAUUUUAAAUAGAGCUCACCUUUCCCAGUUCUUUUUGUUCAUUCUUUGUGUGUCUUAUCCCUAACUCAUCCCUUCUUAGUUUAUUGGCUAGUGAAACGUUUUGCACUGGAUUUAGGCAUUGGGAUAAGUCAUGUCAAUCAUAAGAAUGGUUAAUUUAUACAUAUUUAAUGCGUAUUAGACUCCUUAAAGAAGGUUUCACCUGACACUUGUCAUAUACUGGGUAAACGGUUGCUACUGCUUAUAAAUAAAAACCUCAAAGUGUUUGCUCAGCAACUAAUGCGUUAAUCGUUUAAAAGCAGUGAAGUGGCUAUUGUCUGUACCUAUUGUUAUGACAGUAGCUGGUCUCGGAUGGCUUGCGUUAAUUGCCAGUGAUGGAUGCUAACAGGUAUUUAGUCAACUGAGGUGCAAUACAGAACUCAUAUAAUGUCAAGUGUCGGAGGAAAUGUACCACGCUUGGCUCAAAAGUUCAAGCUGUCCUCUUUUUUUUGUAUUUAUCUUGUAUGAAGUAUUAGUUCUACCCUGAUAUGUUUGUCUAUACCUCAGAUCAGAUGUGUGUGUAUGUGUGUGAAUGUCUAACCAUAUAUAUGCACUCAUCAGCAGACUUUUACAGAGGAGUAUGUAUCUACACAGUUGUAUUCUUCCUCUACAUCGUUUACUAUGCAAAGUCCUGGAAAAUAAACCUGUUCAGCUGUUCUAUUUA